AUCAAUUUCAAUCUUUUGAGAAACAAUAACGCUUUGUCGAAUCUUCCUUUUCUUCUUGGACAAGAGGUGUCGAUAUUCUUCUUUGAGCUGCUCAGUCGUUUUCCAAUGCCUUGAAUUGCGUGUCUUUCAUCUCGUUGAAUGCCGCGAGUAUUUUGCUUUCAAAAGACUUUCCAAUCUUCAUCAAGUUCCCACGGAGUCAUCGCGUUAUCUUUUCAUCCGAUCUACUUCAACUGCGAAACCCGGAUAAGAAGUUCAACCCUGUCCUGUCACUUCGCCCUACAGUAACGCAUAUUCGAUUCUCAAGCAAGGUUUGUCUCAUCGGUGAUCUGCGCAAAAGUCACGAUGGGGCGAUGCAUGGACGUUCUCUUGAAUCUGCUGUGAGCGAUUGGUUGAGAUGAGCGUUUCUGGUAUCGAGAUGCUUUUCAUCCAAGAUGGGCAUUGAAAGCUUGAUUUUAAUCGUGCGCUGGGUUGGAAGGCAUCAUUAUCUUGAGGAUGUAUGUCCGAGGCAAGUGGUGUCGCAUAUACAGCACGUCGUCUUAAGAAGAUGAGAUGUCCCAAUUUCUUUGGCUUUUUCCGAUGUUAGAUUUGAUGUGUCGUCCCAUCGACAUGUCGCACAGGAGUAUAUCAGGACUUGUACUUUCCUAGUGAGAGUUCGCCCGGAGUAGUCCAUCGCAUUCUUUAGUCAUGUUGUUUUUUUCGAUUCUGAACUUUGUCGCGCUGGCUUCGGCGGCUUCUCCUCUGGCAGGAGUAAAUAUCGCAGGCUUCGAGUUUGGGACAGAUAUCAUGGGUAAAGCUGUUUUAGCAAAUGCGAAUCCUCCUCUUCAACAGCUUGGAUUCAGCGAUGGCGCAGCUCAGAUGCAGCAUUUUGCGAAAGAUGAUAACCUCAAUAUCUUUCGGAUGCGUAAGCUACCUCCCCGGUUGGUUGAGACAAGCUAAAGGAGAACUACAUUCAGCCGUCAGCUGGCAAUUCCUGAUCAACAGCAAUACUCUUGCGUCUGCGUCUGGGGACAAUGCUGCAACAAAUAUUAGCGGAACUUUGGACGUGGCCAACGCAAGCAAGUACGACCUACUCGUCAAAGCCUGCCUUGCAACCGGCGCUCACUGUGCCAUCGAUAUCCACAACUAUGCUCGAUUCGAGGGCAAGAUCAUCGGUCAAGGUGGCCCAUCCAAUGCAGAAUUCGCGAACCUCUGGUCCCAGAUCGCAAAGAAGUACGCAAAUGAAUCCAAAGUCGUCUUCGGCAUCAUGAACGAACCUCACGAUAUCCCGGACAUGAAACUCUGGGCUGAAAGUGUUCAAGCUGCAGUCACAGCCAUCCGAGCCGCGGGCGCCACCACCCAGAUGAUCCUCCUUCCAGGAAAUGACUUCUCUGGUGCGCAGACUUUCGUCAGCAAUGGAUCGGCUGGGAAUCUGAGCACGGUACAAAAUCCAGAUGGGACAAACACGAGCUUGAUUUUCGAUGUGCACAAGUACCUCGAUGUGGACGGAAGCGGGCAGCACCUGGAAUGUGUGUCGAAUCAUAUUGAGGAUACUUUCAAACCCCUGGCGAGUUUCUUGGUUGCGAACAACAGAAUGGCUCUGCUGAGUGAGACUGGGGGCGGCAACUCUCCUUCGUGCAUGACCAACCUCUGCACUACAUUGAUGUUCAUCAACGCAAAUCCAGAUGCGUACCUCGGCUAUAUUGGCUGGUCAGCAGGAGGCUUCGAUACCAAGUAUAAUCUGACGGAAACCCCGUUCGGGAAUGGCGGGGAAUUUUACGGAUUAGGCAAUUGUGAGCAGUGUAUCGUGGGUAUGCGAAAUAGUGCUGGAAUUGCCAGUAGGAGGAAGAAAUCUCUCGUCAAAUGAGGGCGUAGAGUGGGUAGAGUUGCACAAUAGGUACGGUGUUCGAACUCCACGUCGCUUGGUAAAUAUACAUGCGAAAAGGGGCUGACAAGCGAGACGUGGGUGCCGUCCAUUAAGAGUGCGCGCGCCACGCUUAACAAGAUACCCGGAUUGUGCAAUUGUUGAGCCUUUUGAGGCUCCACUUGAACCCCUUUUCAUAUUUUGUACGCGACCUCUCUCCGUACACGGUUCCCUCUUGAUUACUUGUUUACCCACAUGUGCCGGGUUGAAUCUGGGUAACGAGGUCUGUGCCAGUCGCCGGUAUCCAUUUCGGAGGCUCCUUUGAGACAAGCGGCGAUAUCAAGAUUGUACCCACAAUACCCGGACCAGAAAACCAACAUCAAUUCGAACGUUCGAGAUUGAUACCAGGCAUCUCAUCCUAACUAUAUGACAAGAACAGCUAUUCAAACCAAAUAUCCUUUGAUGCGCAUGUCUCUUUUGCUGUUUUCACCGCAAAUCUGCAAGUCUUUAUGUCACGACACUGUGUUAUUGUCACUUCAGGUUCCGGGGUUUAGCCUACCCCAGAUUUUGAAGUUUCUUCUUUGUGGAACCUGGCCGAAUUGGGAUUUCAUUUCCGUUCAAGCAUCGAUUACCCCACAAAGUGCAAGCAUCUUCUCAGUAUAUUCUCAAUAAAACUUCUGGCUCCACUGAACAUUGAUCACUUGAUUGCCAUGACUAGCUGAUCUGAAGUAUCCA